AUGGAAUUUAAGAGGCGAAAAUCCUCACUUAAUUCGAGAUCAAUGCUCGGAUACCUACAAAAAAAUCAUAAAUUGGACAGAUUCGUCCAAGCCGUCAGUCCUGAUACCGUCAAACCCGAAAAAUCUCCAAAGAAUUUAAGUGGAUGAAAUAAAUUAAAAUUUUGUGCCAAUAAGAUCCUACUCCAAAGCGUGAAAAAGGAAAAAGCAAAAGAACUCUCUCCACCAAUACACAUGAGAUCAGGCAAAAGGCAUUGUUCCUUCAGAGAACACAAAGAGAACUGCAUCGAAAAAUAUAUAAACAAAGUAAUCAAUGAACUCGAGCUGGAUAAGCUGCAAAGCUAUGAAAGCUUUGAGUCCAAAGGCACAAAUAUUUUUGACAAAUAUUUAGGGCCGAACGGAGACAAAGAAGAAGAAAUUUUAUCAAGAACAGUGAAAACGUUUGACCAAGACAAAUAA